ACAAACAGCACUGCGAUUUAACGCAUACGAAAGCUUGGAAAACUUGGGCACAGCCUUGGGCCAGCUCCUUGACACAGUCCUUGACAAUGCUGCUUUUAGGACUCGUUCUGGCCCUCGCUGGCCAUGUAGCGGCUGCGCCUUCAAGCGCCAUGAUGGGCACUGGCCACACCGUGGGCUUUGGCGAGCUCAAGGAAGAAUGGCGUGGUGAGGUUGUCCACCUGUCGUGGUCGCCGCGAGCCUUCCUGCUGAAGAAUUUCCUUUCGGAUGAGGAGUGCGACUACAUCGUCGAGAAGGCUCGCCCGAAGAUGGUCAAGUCUUCUGUGGUUGAUAACGAGUCGGGCAAGAGUGUGGACAGCGAGAUCCGCACCAGCACCGGCACCUGGUUUGCUAAGGGCGAGGACUCUGUCAUCUCCAAAAUAGAGAAGCGCGUGGCGCAGGUGACGAUGAUUCCCCUGGAGAACCAUGAGGGGCUGCAGGUUCUGCACUACCAUGACGGUCAGAAGUAUGAGCCACACUAUGACUACUUCCACGACCCCGUCAACGCCGGCCCCGAGCACGGCGGCCAGCGCGUGGUCACGAUGCUCAUGUACCUGACCACGGUGGAGGAGGGCGGCGAGACGGUGCUGCCCAACGCGGAGCAGAAGGUGACCGGCGACGGCUGGUCGGAGUGCGCCAAGCGCGGACUGGCCGUGAAGCCCAUCAAGGGCGAUGCGCUCAUGUUCUACUCGCUGAAGCCGGACGGCAGCAAUGACCCCGCCAGCCUGCACGGCAGCUGCCCCACGCUUAAGGGUGACAAGUGGAGCGCCACCAAGUGGAUCCACGUGGCCCCCAUCGGAGGGCGUCAUUGAACAGCGCAACAGCUUGUCAUGAUGAUGACUGUCUCCCGUUUCGUCUUGCGUGUCUGUUCAACUCGUGUGCAGUGGAAAGAAGAAGCUAAACCUGGGUACACCCGAGUGCCACGACGAGGAUGAGCGGUGCCAGGAGUGGGCAUUCUUUGGUGAAUGCGAGAAGAACCCUGGCUUCAUGGAUGCCCAGUGCAAGCGCUCGUGCAAGAAGUGCACCUAAUUAGCGGCUCUGUGGGCCCUGUACAAGAGUCCCGACGAUGCCGGUUGAGGUACUUGUCGCUUCAGUCGUCAUCUGAUGCGGCGCGACUGGCGCUUAGAGCAGCUAGCUGCAAUCUGUGCGCUCGCCUGGGGGCACGUGCCUGUGGCUGGGUGUGGCUAGUGGACAUGGACUUCCAGUUGGUGCAUGAGGGCGUACUGAUGUAACGAAGCACCGACUACACCGACAAGCUAGCCUCGUGUCGUGUUUGCAUAGCAGGUUCGGCCUCAUUUCAGUAUUGGGACUAACAGGUGAUGCACACUCAUCAGGAGUACGGCCGUUUUGCUAGCGAGUCUGUAUACUGAAAGGACAACGCACAACAUCAGGUUUCGAGACUGAGUAGUCUUGGGUGGGAGGUGGCGGUACCCAUGUCAACUGCGAAUCGGAUUCGUCGGGGCGCCUCAUCUGGAGGGGGAUAGUUGUAAUGGCGUGUUGCACGUGUUGCACAAAAAUGAAAUGUCCACUGCUAGUCUUGAUACUGACAAGACAACGCAGCACAACAACGGACGCGGGGCGGCCGCAGAAGUAAAGGCAGCGCGAUUGCUGCAGGGCUCACGCGGCGUGGACUAGGCAUGCCAUGUGAGCCAUGUGGGUGUGUGAUGGGACAGGGUUCAAGGCAGGUUGGCGAGGUCCCGUAGGGUGCAGCCGAUGCCCAGACCCGUAAGCAGACAGCAAACAGUUUGCAGUGGCAGAGCAGAAGUGCAUGGCUGGUCGAACGCCGGCGUUACUGUACCGACAAGUUGCUGGCUGGCUGGAAGUUUGCUGAUGCGCAUUCCUCACGCUCCG